CCGGACGUCACGUGACUUACCGCAAUCAAUCAGUCGGAAACGAUUCGCCAGGUGUUCUCAAUUAGCACCGAAUCCGCGCCAAGCUAACAGCAGAGUGUCUGCAGUACAAGGUUCAGUGGCCAGCUGUCACAUUGUCUGGCUUCUCUGAGCUUCAACAGCCAAGUCAGCAUAAAGGCAACCGUAACCAGGAUUUAUUUACAAGAUUAUUUGCGAGAGCCGAGCCAGUCUUGUCAGCGUUGUGGAGCUCUCUGACCAGCGAUGGAUUAUGCCAUGAAGUCUCUCAGCCUCUUGACCCCAUCUACCUUCUCCAAAUGUGUGACUGCCAGCAUGUCAGCCAGUGCCUCCAUGACCCAUCAGCUUCUGUCUGGCCGAGCACCUCGGCCAAAGCCUUUCCGGGUGACGAAUGCUGACCGCAGCUUGAAGAAGGGCAUCAUGGCUGAUGCACUAGAUGACCUGAUCAACAAGGUGAGCGACUCGUUAAAUGUGCUGUGUGCCAGUGGACUGGUGCUGGACGAAGAUGGCACAUGUGUGGACACACAGGAGUUCUUUAUGACGCUGCCAGAAAACACGGUCCUCAUGGUGCUGGAGAAGGGACAGAAGUGGACCCCAUAUCAGAACAGCCCCUCCAGAGACGAGCUCAGCAAGUGCAGGCUGAGGCCCCGGACAGAUGUGGCCAAGCUGACCUUUGACCUCUACAAGAACAACCCCAACGAUUUCAUUGGCUGCUUGAAUGUCAAAGCGACGCUGUACGGUGUUUACUCGGUGUCCUAUGACCUGCGCUGUUAUGCGGCCAAAAAGAUGUUGAAGGAGGCUUUGCGGUGGACCAUCUUCUCCAUGCAAGCCACCGGUCACAUCCUGCUGGGUUCCUCCUGGUACAUUGAGCAGCUUCUGGAGGAGGAUGAGGCUAGAGUAGAGAAGAGCCUGGUCCUGCCUCGGGAAGGCAGAAUUAGGCAGCUGCAGAGCUUGCUGCUGGGUCGAGCCGCCUACUGAGGUUGAACUCUGCAUGUCAGCUUUCCCUGCCAGAGCAUCUGACACUGUACAAGUGUCUUACCACAGACACUUUCCUGGCUGAAGAAGCAGCAGCUGCAACAGCGUAAUCUUGUUGGAUGUCAAAUGCCAUCCUAUGGAGAUGAGUGAAUAAAACGAAGCACUUUUAAUGUAAACUAAGUCAAGGCUUGAGCCUGUGUGUGGCCAAGUGGUGCUUGGACACAAGUAAAUGGAAACGGAUCCAGCUGUCUCUCCCAUGCUUCCCUAAUUGUCCCCUGGCUUCCACAGUCCUGUCAGCUUCAGCCUGCUGGAGGAGCACGAAAGCAAACCAUUACCCAGAGAGGAUGUCCUCAGUUAGCUGCACAAGUGCCACUUUGACCAUGUAGUCAAAAAAAUGCUGCACAAGUGUGACUCAGAAGUCCGUGUACUCCUUUUUAAUGUAUUUUCUGUAAUGGUGACAUAAAAUUAUGGAAUAAAUGGCUGACCUUGUUUAGCUUGUAGGUAAAUGUAAAU